UAUGGUGUUUUAUGUUGACCUCCUUACAAUGACGCUCGUCGCUGCGAGAGACGCGCAAACUCUCUCCGAUCUCGCGCUGAGCGCAGUUGAGAGAAACUGAACCAAUAACAGCAGCGGAGAACAGCGGGCAUCCGGCAUAUACAAUUAAGCAGCUCUUCUGGGGUGCCUGGCCCUAAACUGAAGACAUGACAGAAAAGGACCGAUCAAUGAGAGAUCGUUAAGGAUCGGGAGUUAUGGAGUCUCUCUUUGGGAGCCAGUUGGGCUUGUUGGGGGGUAAUGAGGGUCUGAAAGAAGAUGGCUGUGGGGUGGGCUGGUCCAGCUCUCCCUUAUCAGAGGACAUGUACUCGGCCUCCCACUUCGCGCUCAUCAGCGCUUACCAGGACAUUAAGACCCGACUGGCUGGACUUGAGAGAGAGAAUGCAGACAUCAAAAGAAAACUCAAGAUCUAUGAGAUAAAGUUCCCCAUGAUAAGUGAGUUUGGAGAUGACAGAAAUUCUUAUUGCUCCUUUGAAACCAAGGACACUGCCAUGCUCCACUCAGAAAAUGGCAGCCUGCAACAGAGAGUCAACAUGCUGACCCUUGAGCUUCAGAAGAGCAAAGAACGUGAAGAACAGCUGGAAGAUGUCAUUCAGGCCUAUGAGAAGAUUCACAUGGAGAAGACCAGCCUUCAACGAGACCUUGACAAGAUGACGUCAAUGGUGGAAAAACAUGUUGAGCGGAUCCACAGUUUAGAAUCGGUUCUGAGGCAGAGGGAGAGUUCUCUACACAAGCUCAACACACAGCUACACAACAAAGACAUGCAGUAUCUGCAGCUGCACAGCCCUGACUCGCAUAUGCUAGACUGCCCCAUGACCCUACAGAGCUCCCGAAGCCUGGACACCCUCUCUGACCUCAAAUUACAGCGUUUGGAGGCGGAGUUAGAGGGGGCGCGGCAUGAGGCUCAGGGUGCGUGUCAGAGAGAGGAGGAGCUAAAGGCUGAAUGCGAGCGAUUAAGAGAAGAGCUCAGCGAACUGCAAAGCAAUCAGAGACAACGGGAGGUGAGCUCCACGUGUGGACAGUGUGAUGUGGAAUGGAUUAAGAAAGUUGGCGAUGAGCAGGUCAAUUUGGCUUUGGCCUACACUGAACUAACAGAGGAGCUGGGCAAGUUACAGGCUUUGACUUCCAAACAGACCGAGAUAUUGCGGAAGGCCUCACAGGAGCCAGCAAGCCCAGUUCAGCGCCACUCUCCUGUCCCUCACCAGAGGCAUUCCCCCAUUCCCCAGCGUCAUUCCCCUAUCCAACAACGGCAUUCCCCAAUACAACAGCGGCACUCCCCUGUGCCCCAGCGCCGCUCCCCUGUGCUACAGCGUCUCUCCCCUGACAUGCACCGGCGUUCACCUCUGCCCGAUCUGAGCGACGGCCCUGCCUCCUAUUCAUGCAGGCCCACUUCCCACCACCUAAGGGCCAGUUUCCAGGGACGGCGCAGUUACUCCGAAGUGGCCGAUCCGUCGGCUUAUCAGCGUCCACCGCGAUUCACCCUGGAUCCUGUGUCGACUCUGCCGAAACCUCGGCCGUAUGUGGACAGCUACCACAAGCAGCAACAGCAGCAGCAACAACAGCAGAAGCAGCAACAUGGGGGAGGCCAGCACAUGUUAGUUCAAAGACAGAGCUCUCAAGGGGUGGGAGGAGAUGGGGGUUUGGCCGAAACUCCACGGCUGUCCAGGGAGCUGUCUUUCCACCAUUCUGACCACCUGCACUUUGAGUCUCAGCCCAGCCCGGCAUCACUUCACCCGUCUCCGCAGCCUCCACAGUCCUCAGAGGAUGAAGAAGAGUGGCCCUGCCCUCAUCCCAUCAGUCCUUCGCGAACACUGGGUGUGUCUAGUCCCUUGUCAAGUGCCAGAGGCCCCGCCUCUUGCUCCGCCUUCCCCAUUCCAUCCCGCCCCAACACCCUUAGCUGCCACCCACCUGGAUACCUGCACGCAGAGCAUGCUCAGUCUUGGCCAUCUAUCAACCUGUGGAUGGAGACUGAGGAGGAGGGUGAUGUCAGGAGCUGCCCACUGUGCCAGCUUAUCUUCCCUGUCGGUUACCCUGAUGAUGCCUUGAUCAAGCAUAUUGACUCGCACCUGGAGAACAGCAAGAUCUGACACCCACAUCCGCGCCAUGACCUUCAAUUGUUCCACAGAAACAUUUAUUCAAAGCUCCCACUAUUUUAAGAUGGGUGCCUUCACAAAGAAUGUAGGCGAUGCUGUGGCUGGUCUGAAGAGUCAAUAAAUGUGUAAAGAUCAAUGUAACCUUCACUCAACUCGAAAAGAAUCCCAAAGAGAGGUUAUGAAAGGUUUAUAAGCAUCCACGAAAUUUCUCUAUCAGGUUUCUUUCAAACACAAACUGUAACUUAUCAUUAUAUUCACUUUAAAUUACACAUACUAAACCAAACUGACUCUUUAAAGGAGCCAAUGCAUAGUGCAAUAUAAGUCAUUUGUGCUUCAGUCCCAUAAUCCUUUGGAUUCACACUUUGGCCAUGCGGUCAGUGGAUAGGAGAAUUGAGCUGACAUUAUGGUUUUAUGCAGGACAAGGCAUUAGACACACGGCCCAUUUCUAGGUCGAUAUCAUUUAAAGUUCAGCACUUUAUAUAAGCAAUUAACAUCCAGUUUACCUUUACCAAUAUUACUAACACUGAGGCAAAAAAGAAAGAAUUUAUAGAUGUCAUUUAUUUUUUAAUACUUUCCCUUAAAUCUCUUCGUUUGAUAGGACUUCCCUUUAACAAAACCAGAUUCUUUGUAAUUAUGUGUAAAUUCACAAUUACAGUUAUUUUGUUUGUCUUCCGGGGUGUACAAAAGGGAAGAUUUUUCGUAAAGAUAUUCUUCAAGUAUACAUAUUGAAUUCAGCUCUGUGCAGAAGGUUUGAACCAAUCACUGACAAAACGCCAGUAACUGUGUUGCUUCUCAAGGCAGUAAUACUGUGAUUUCUAUAGUAAACUUUUAUUUACUAUAGUACAGUUUAUUUGCUGAGUAUAAGUUGAUCUCAGUAUGACACCUGGUACAUCGUUUCCAGCUGUCAGGUUUGGUUCUGUGGAUGGUUUUGAUCAAUUUGAUCAGUUGAUGUAAUUACUUUUAAGAAAAUUGUUUCGAUAGAAUAAUCUAUUUGUUCUUUUGAUCAUGUUACAAAGCUCAAUCAAUUUGAUCAGUUCUAAACUUUUGUAAAUGUAUGUACUGCAAAUGUAUAACUGUAUUUAAAGCCAACUACAUGUAUUAAUCUGUAAAAUAAGCUACAUGAUAUAUAGAUAUGCAUUUUGCAAGCUCAGAUGAGAACGAAUGGAUUGCUGAAGAUCAAGCUACUUUUUUUACUACUAUAAUCCUAACAAACACAUCACCCAACAAAACAACAGUGGAGUGGUUAGCUAUCUUAUCGUCUUUGAGGUGUACCCUAUACUAUGUGUUAUAAAGUCUUUUUACGUUCCCGGUCCGGAUUGUGACAGUGAGGGCACUGAAUAUGCUACCAACCCAAAUACCGAGGAGCUAAAAUGGGAAAGUGGCACAAAAAAAGUCAUCAGUGGUGCGAAAUUAAUGAGCCAAAUAUAACAAGAGCAAAAUGGGAGACUAUGCUGUCUGUCAAAUAACUGAAUCGAGGUUUUAUCAAAAUUGAAAUCUGGGAAUAAUCUUAUGGCAAUGAUGAAAUAUAUACUGCCUAGUUGUUGUAAAUAACAAUCAUCUACAGUACGAUACACCAUUAAAUAUACCAUAAAAGACAACAGCGUAUGUGGCAAAAACAAAAUCACCCAGAAUCCAUCCCUGCUGAAAAAAAUAAAAGCCUGCCCAAAUCACAAUAGAAAACUUAAUGGAUUUAAAGGGACAGUUCACCCCAAAAUAAAAUUUCUGUCAUCAUUUACUCACCCUCGAGUUUUCAAAUAUGUAUACAUUUUUGUUCUGAUGAACACAGAGAAAGAUAUUUGGAAGAAUGCUUGUAACCAAACAGUUUUUGGCCACCAUUGACUACCAUAGUAGGACAAAUUACAAUUGUUGUCAAAAGUGCCCCAGAACUGUUUGGUUUCCUACAUUCUUCAAAAUAUCUUCUUUUGUGUUCAACAGAACAAAGACAUUUAUAAAGCAAUUUUUUUCUUGGCCUCCAUCGUCAAUGGUGACCAAGAACUGUUUUGUUACGAGCAUUCUUCCGAAUAUCUUUCUCUGUGUUGAUCAGAACAAGGAAAUCUAUACAGAUUUGGAAUAACUUGAGGGUGAGUAAAUGAAGACAGAUUUUUUUAUUUUUGGGUGAACUGUUCCUUUAAUGGUUAUAAUGGGAAUUGUAACUAUAAUGGUGUUUCCUGGUAUGAGAUGGAUUCUAUUGCUGGGUUGUUAUCUGGCAGAUGAAUCUUAUUGGAACAAUACCCAAAAACACAAGAAAAGGAAAUUUUGUAAUGGUUUUAAUGGAAAGGCUAAUGUUCAUAAUGGUAUUUUAAUAGAAACCAUUAGCUUUUCUGUGAUGGUUUGCAUUGGCUUUCUAUUGUUUUUCAGCAGGGAUAUAAUCAACCAAAGACAAAGCCUGCUUGGUUUUCUUUUACUUUAUAAGAUGAUGACCAGGUAUCACUUAUUAAGCGUACUUUGACGGUGCAUUUGGAACAUGUGAAACGUUUUUAAAAGAAAAACCUUGGAAUGUUGCAGCUACAAUGUAAAGGCAAUCCAUUUCUGCACCUUUCCAUAUCGAACCUGUCUAGCACCUCUGUCCACACACUUGCAGAAUAGCAGCAGAGAAACAAGUAUAAGCCACUAUUCACAAAGAGUUUGCUCAGGAGUUAUUUAAAGAGCUAUUGCUGUUUCUCGCUCAUGAAGACUCCGUUUUCUCAUACAAAGGCAAAUUAGCAACCACAUGCUUUUCUGGAUGCUCAGACGGUCUCUCUUUAGCCCUGUUAUUUGGUGUGUGACUUUUUGUGAUAUUCUUAAAUAACUCAGGGGAUCAAACUUUGUGAAUAUGGCUCCUUGACCAUGCACGACUAACCUCCACAGGGACAACGUGAUAACUCGCCAAAUCUCGUAAAGAGCAGAGAGGACAAUAAGGGGUGGUUGAGAUAUUUUGUGAUAGCAACAAGGUACUUAAAAAAAUGGAUAAAAGAAUAUUAAAAACGAAUGCAUAUUGUGUCAAAGAUUUCCUUCUGUAAAUACUAUGUGAAAUAAACUGAAACAUG